AUGGCGGAGCUGGUGGCUGCCAUGGCCAUCCGGCCACUGGUGUCCAUGCUGAUGAACAAGGCGUCCAGCUCCCUCUUGGACCAAUACACGGUCAUGGAGGGAAUGGAGGAGCAGCACAAGAUUCUCAAACGCAAGCUCCCGGACAUUCUCGAUGUCAUCACCGAUGCCGAGGAGCAGGCCACGGCACACAGAGAAGGAGCGAAAGCUUGGCUCCAGGAGCUCAAGACAGUGGCCUAUGAGGCGAAUGAAGUGUUCAAUGAAUUAAAGUAUGAAGCACUCCGCCGUGAAGCCAAGAAGAAGGGGCACUACACGAAGCUUGGCUCCAAUGCAACAAAACUGUUCCCUAUUCACAACCGUAUUGUGUUCCGUUACAAG